AUGGGAGUUAAGAUUUUUGAUUUCGGGUUAUUCAAACUGAGUCCCAAGGAUGUGGGUCAUAGCCACGUUAGUAUAUUGGUGAAGGAUAGUUUCGGAAAAGGGACCCUUGAUCGGAUUGUUGAUCCUAAUCUAAAGGGUGAGAUUGCGCCAGAGUGUUUGAGGAUGUUUGGCGAAGUAGGUGAUAGUUGCUUUCGGGAUAAUGGGAUCGAUCGUCCAGGAAUGAAUGAUGUUGUGUGGGGCCUUGAGUUUGCUCUGCAACUUCAAGAGGCUGCUGAGAAGAUAGCUCACGGAGAUGGUGGGUUGCUCCCGGCGGCGUUGGCCAGUCCCUCUGUUCCUCUUCCACAUGGAGAGGCAACGACCACCGAUGAUGAUGAAGUAUUUACAAGGUCAGUUGAAAACGUGUCAAGAUCAACGUACGCUGAUGCUAUAUUGAAUGGUUUGGAAAUCUUCAAAUUGAGUGGAACAGACGACAGUCUCGCCGGGGCAAACCCUGAACUUGUACUCAGUCCACCGCCAGGACCAUUCCCAUUGUCACCGCAGAAGAAGAACAAUAAAAAAACAUCUACUUUGCCGGUUAUUAUCGGUAGCGUAGUCGGAGGAGGGUCUGUUCUGGUCUUUAUCUUAGGUUUCUUGAUUGUCCGACGACGGAGGAGAGUGAAAGACUUGGGCUCAACACAGCCCAAGUCGUCGUGGGUCCCCUUAUCUGACGGUUCAAAGUCCACAAAAACCAGCGGUUCAUCACUACCGUCUGAUCUAUGUAGACGCUUUUCACUUGAGGAGAUCACAUCAGCUACAUGCAACUUCGAUGACAAUUUUGUCAUCGGGGCAGGGGGAUUUGGUAACGUGUAUAAGGGCCACAUCGACAACGGUGCAACCACUGUUGCGAUCAAACGAUUGAACCCAUCAUCAAAUCAAGGGAUCCACGAGUUCCAAACAGAGAUCGGUAUGCUAUCAAAGUUACGCCACCUCCAUUUGGUGUCGUUGAUCGGUUAUUGCAAUGACAACCGUGAGAUGAUUUUGGUGUAUGAUUAUAUGGCCCAUGGAACCCUUCGUGAUCAUCUUUACAAAUCGAAGAAACAACACCUUCCGUGGAAGCAACGCCUUCAGAUUUGCAUUGGUGCAGCAAGGGGACUGCAUUAUCUCCACACAGGUGCAACACGCACAAUCAUUCACCGUGAUGUGAAAUCCACCAACAUUUUAUUGGAUGAGAAAUGGGUAGCUAAGGUUUCUGAUUUCGGGUUAUCCAAAUUGGGUCCCAAGGAUGUGGGUCAUAGCCAUGUCAGUACAGUGGUGAAGGGUAGUUUCGGGUAUGUUGAUCCAGAAUAUUAUAAACGACAACAAUUGACAGAAAAAUCUGAUGUGUACUCAUUUGGGGUUGUUUUAUUUGAGGUUUUGUGUGCUAGACCAGCUAUAAUUCCAAAUUUUCCCAAGGAGCAAGUGAGUUUGGCUGAGUGGGCCCGAAAUUCUUAUAGAAAAGGGACCCUUGAUCGGAUUAUUGAUACUAAUCUAAAGGGUGAGAUUGCGCCAGAGUGUUUGAGGAAGUUUGGCGAAGUAGGUGAAAGUUGCUUGCGUGAUAAUGGGAUCGAUCGUCCAGGAAUGAAUGAUGUUGUGUGGGGCCUUGAAUUUGCUCUGCAACUUCAAGAGGCUGCUGAGAAGAUGGCUCACGGUGGUGGUUGGUUGCUCCCGGCGGCGUUGGCCAGUCCCUCUGUUCCUCUUCUACAUGGAGAGGCAACGACCACCGAUGAUGAUGAAGUAUUUACUGCGUCAGUCGAAAACAUGUCAAGAUCAACGGUCAGCAGUGAGAGAUUGAAGUCGGAGACUGUGUUCUCCGAGAUCUUGAAUCCCGUUGGACGUUGAGAAAGUGAAUGCUCUUCGGGUGGGGUCCAGAUUUUUGGCCUUCACGGUGACCGACUUGUGCAAGGUGAAGUAGCUUAUUAUAGUCUUCUAGUGUAGUCUAUUAUCAGGAUGUGACGAGACCCUACUUGAAAAGAAUGUGGGUCCCGCAAUUGGAAUGGAGGAUAUCACUUUUUAUGAAAAAUAUUUAGCCCAUCGUAAAUAGGACAAAAGAAUAAAUGCAGUUUUUAAUUUUUGUCAAUUAGCUAAAUGUUGUGUUUAAUAACUAACUGAUGAUGCCGAAAGAAAAUAUAUUGUUCGGGCCAUGCGGGUUAGGUUGGCUACCCUGGUCACUAUUGGAAUUUAAAUAAAUUUAUUUGAG